GAUUUUCUACUACUUGGUCACUGCUUUCUUCAGUAUGGUAUCCGUACAUCAUCUCUCUGUUUCACUCCUAACAUUCAAAACGUCCUUUGUAUCUUGGAAGCUUACAAUAUCAUUUAUAUAUCUAGUCUUCAAGCGUAUAUACUUGUUGUUUUCAACGUUUAUCGAUACGCUCACAUUGUUAAAAACGUCGAUCUGACCACAGCACAUCCACGUUCGACUUGCGUGUUACAAGCUGCAAUCUACAUCAUAGCUACUGGAUUUCUCGGACUACAAGCAGGAGUAGGCUGGAUGACAUUGAGUUCAUACGAUGAUCAUGAUUGUAAUCUAAAUUACACAUCCGUGUUUAUUCUAUACAUGAAUUUAUUUGUCCAAUUUAUUUUUCCUAUGUUCCUCAACGUUCUGUUCAUGUAUCUUACACUCAGACAUAUUCAACGAUCGAAACGAUCAUUAGCUGCUAAAAAUAAACAUAUCUACCUACGCCUAACUACGCUUUUUUCUGUCAGAAUACAAGCGGAAGAAUAUUCGAUUAUAGUAUUCUAAACUAAAACUAUCGAAAAACACAAAAUUAAUUUUUGUACGAAUAGAGUUAGACCUACCAAGGUCUGCAUUCAAGAUUUUUCUCCUGGGAAUAUGGAUUGUCUGACGAAACAGAAAUUGCUAUACCAUUUAAAGGAAAAGAUCUACCACCAGAUAUUUCUGAAUUUAGUCAUCCAGAUGUGAUGAUUGGUUUUACUCUCAUUAGUUAUUUAUGCAGAGGAUUAGAUUUAAAUCAAGUUAUUAAAGUUUAAAUCAGUUUAUUGAAACAAUGGGUCCAGAAAAUAAAAUUGGAUUGAGGAACAAAAUGAAAAAGAAAAAGCUGAGUUGCCAUUGUGGCUAUAUUCUUUUAAAACACUUGAUCUUAAGAAUGAAGAUAGAAUUAAAAUAAUUCAAUAAUUCAGACAUUUUGGUUUUAUCCAAUAUUAUUUAAGUAAUUUCACGUUUCGAAAUGAUACGAAACAAAACUUACAGGAAAUACUCAUACUUUAGCUAGUGAAGGAAAAACAAAAGGUUUUUCUGGUACUGACGAUCGUAAUGAUACGAUGUUGAAUCCAUUGUUCCAAGAAGGUUGUCUUCUCAAGAGGAAAUGACUGGAAAAAUGCUUUAUCAAAGAAAAGUAAAUAGUGAACAUUAGUCUAAAGAAUAUUGAAUAGCUUAGAGUUCUUGCGGCCAGUACGUGACUACGCUAAAUGUUAUAAAGAUCAUUGUUCUGUAAUUGAUCCCGAUGCCAUUAUUCCUGAAUGAGUAAUUUUGAUGUAUCUAAACGUUUGAUAAAAAUGAUUGAUACAAAGUUUGACGGCAUUGUAUACUUCUCUAAUAAAAAAUAAUAAGAUUAUGGUUAUUUUAAGAAAUGAAGAAAAUUUACCGCCAGCAACGUGUCAUAUAGGAAAGAAAAAAUUAUUUGUUUAUAUAGAUGAGGUUCAUACACGCGGAACUAAUUCAAAACUGCAAUUAACUGCUCGAGGUGUCUUAACUCUUGGAAGGAGCACGAACAAAGAUAAAUUGAUGCAAGCCAUUAUGCGUCUCAGAUAUCUUGGUCAAACAUGAACAAGUUAAGAUAAAAGCUUGUCAACAUAAUAAUUCUAUUCUUAGGAAAUUAACAGGUAAAGCAUUAGAAAAUUUUCGUGCUAAUACUAAUUACCGUCAAAGAAAAUGUCGUUUAAAGAAACGUAAACGUUUAAUUAAUAAUAAACCAUUAUCAUUUCAAAAUUGUCAAUCUUUUGGUAAAGUUAUUAAAAAAGUAACAUCUGCUUUACCAAAAUGCGAUAAAAAAAAGAAAGAUGUUAUUCAACAUCUAGCUCAAAAAUAUAAUCUUGCUCCAAAACCUGUUCAACAACGUACAUGUGCCAAUAUAUCUGAUCAGAUUAAAAAUGUGGUUCAUAAGUUUUAUUUAAGAGACAAUGUUUCUUAUCAAUUAUCUGGUAAACGUGAUACUAUUGUUGUUAAAAAUGAUGAUAACACUAAAAUAACAUAUCAGAAAACAAUACUUUUGAUAAUUUACGUGAAAGUUUUGAAUUAUUUAUAG